AUGGGAGGAUUGGCACCCAACGUUUGUGAAGUACCUCCGUACCAUGUGGUCCAAACCAACGAAGCGUCAGUUCCGACAUACCACGAAGACUUCCUAGAGAUGUACAUCCAAAUGGCACCACUCGACGGCGAAGCCUUCACGAUGGACAACGCCAAAGUUUUAGUCCUCUUGCGAAAAUACAUCGUGGGCAAUACCCAGGCCGAGGCGACAAUACGAGCCAUUAAUGUUGAAGGCAAAGGAAGAGAUGCAUUUAUCGCCCUACGCACCCACUACAAAGGAGAAGGACUCCUAGCCCACGACAUCGUCGAGGCCGAAAACACAAUCAAGAACCUAUACUACGUGGGAGAAAAGCCUACCAUGAACUGGGCCAUGUUUGAACGCAUGCUGAAGAAAGCAUACGCAGCAUCCGACAAACAUGAGGGGAGAGUAGUACAUUCGGAGGCAAUGAAACUACGUAACCUGCAAACCAAGGUUACUGCAUCGUUCCUACAACUGAACAAGACGGCGAUUGACACGGAAAUUGGCAAACGGCCGAUGGUGAUGAAUUUCACGACAGCACUACGAAUCUACCGAACUGCAGUGAGGGAAAAGUUUCCCCAAGGAGCCAACAAUGCUACUGACAGGGGACGACACUUGGGCAAGGCUCGAGCUAGUAACAAUAGGAACAGGCAAAACGACGACAGGAGCAGGAGCCAAAACGGAGGAGGGAGAAACAGACACAGAGAUGAAGAAGAAAUUACCCUGAGCAAUGGGGAGAAGAUCUGGUACCGCCCCAGUUAUCACUUUCCCCGUGAUCAGCUACGGGCAAUGACUGAUUCCCAACAAGAACGCAUGUCAAAUGAAAGGGCUGCGCAUCGUGCACAUCAAGGAAUGCCGGCAAGACAAACGCGACAGAACACCACGGAAACACAACUGUCUGAGUUAAGAGCAGAGAUGGCGUCACUCAGAUCAAACAACGUCCCUGGGGCUGUUGAAACGGGAGAAUCAGCUACACGAAUAUCACAGGUGACGAUGGGGACUGGUGGAAUUUCCGUAAUGGGCGGACGCAACCAACAAGCGAGCGGGCACAACCAACAGGCAGGUGGAUCGUCACCAUGA